AUGCCACGCUUAGGGUACAAAAAGUCUCGCGGUGGCUGUGCAAGGUGUAAACAGCGUCGUGUAAAAUGCGACGAGAGCAAGCCUUGCAGCGCCUGUAUCAGGCACAACACCCAAUGCAGCCUUCUUAAGGGUUCGGCGGACGGCUCCGGCUCCGGCUCCGGUGACACCUUGAGCUGGGAGGCGUCAUCCAGUUCUAAACCAGAAGUCUCGAGAGUGCCGAGUUUCCAACGGAGGAGCUCAUCGCGAACGGGAUCGAGCGGCAGCCGUAAGACUCAGACGCCAUCAACCAGCCCGAUAGACCCCUCUUUAACACCGUCGAGUCUGCUCGAGGCCAACCUCAAACUGCCGGCGGACUUCGCCAGUGACCGGGGCUCGUCGAUCGGAAAUAGGAGGUCUUCUGUCGCCGCCUCGAGCCCCGACCCGUUUCCCUACUUUGUCAAGUUUUCAACCGAGGCCGUGGAACCCGUUCAUUUGAGCAAGUGGAUCACCGAUCUGGAGCUGAUGCACCACUACUCCACGGCCACCAGUCUCACGAUGCCGAGGUCAUCGGACGUGGGCAGCAUUUGGCAGUUUGUGGUACCGAAACUCGGCCUGACGUACACGUUCCUGAUGCACGGCAUACUCGCCAUCGGUGCUUUACAUCUGGGUAACCUCCACCCGGAGCAGCGCGACUCUUACGCCUUGCAUGCUUCACAACACCAGAGUGAUGCUAUAGCGGGCAUGCGGGAGUCACUAAUAAAUAUCACACCGGACAACUGCCACGCUCUCUUCGCGGCGUCGUCAUUACUGUUGCUCAACGCAUAUUCCACGUUCCCUUAUCAACGAGGUGCGCCUCACUCACAAGAGGCGCCAUCAGUCGACGAUAUUCUCGACGUAUUCUUACUUGUGAGGGGAAUGAGCCACAUCUUGUCGUCAUUUCAACCAGCCAUCCAGGCGGGACCAUUAAGGAAUUUCUUUACAGAGGUGGUUGCGCCCGCUUCCACACCAGUGCUGGAAGCGGUUACUCAACAUCUCGAGAAUCUCCAAACAACUUUAAAGACGUCUAGUGCCGACGAAUCAACCAAAACUAUCGUCAACAAGGAAAUUAAUGUGUUCCUGGGGUGGAUCAUGCAUGCCGUUGAGACCACGGCGUUUCCAGAGCUGCGGGUGGCCCUUACUUGGCCCAUUAAUCUCACCGAAGAGUAUCUGCAGCUGCUGCGGAACCGGGAUCCUGCGGCUCUGACUCUGUUGGCUUACUACUCAGUUGUCAUCCGCUCGACAGAAUCUACAACGUGGUUCAUGCAGGGAUGGGGCAUCAACUCGGCGCGGGCGAUAGCAUCAGACUUGGAUCCAGAGUGGAAAGAAAUGGUCAAAUGGCCCUUAGCCUUCAUGAGCGACAGAAGUAUCCAACUUUAG